UUUCCCAUUUAUUCCUGCAUUGCGCUGCACUUGCUUUCAGUCGAAAGCCCGACACGCAACCGACAACAGCCCAUCCGUGUGGUGUCCAGUGUUUUCCGUGUGGGGAUGCCUUUGUCGUGCGUGUGGAUUUCAUUUCCCCUGCUCAGCAUUUAUACGUAGACGAAUUCUACUUUGAAGGCUGAUUAGUUCUCCUUUUAUGCUUCGUCGCUUUCUCACUUGCUCGGCACAGUUCCAUUGGGGAAUACAGUUUCGUCAAUCAUAUGGAAACGUGAAACCGGGAAUUUUUUGGAAGACAAUUUCAACUUUUAGGAACUCGUUUGUUUCGUUUUUCGCGUUUAUUUUAGGCUUCAAUUGAACGACACCGAAGGUUUAUGCAAAAAGUGGUACGUCAGAAAUAAAACUAUACUUUCAAAGGAAGGCUUCGAAGGUGUUGACUGUUGAUCAGAAAGGGUCACGGAAGAAGCACGACGUUUGUUACCAUGCAGGACUUUGACUGAAUCUCUGUAAACGAUUUAGAAGAGCCGGCAAAGACUAGGACCGAUACAUCUUACAUGUCCGCCAUGGAAGAUCGUGUUUAAUUUUGGCAUAAGAAGAUGUGCCACGCCGAGUCUACAUUCAUGUCUUCAUUAGCGACGAUGCAUAAGUUGGCUGUCUUGGUAGUCGUCAUCUCUGCAGCUUCAAAGUCAUUCGCUCUCAAUUUAGAUUCGUGCAACGCAUCGCUCGGCCUCGAAUCGGGCUACAUCAAAGAUGCGGCCAUCACGGCCAGUUCAUCUUACGAUGCCAGCAACGUCGGACCUCAGUUCGCUCGAUUAAACAAGGACAAAAAUGGAGGAGCGUGGUGUCCCAAACAGCAAGUGAUGCGCGGAGUCAAAGAAUGGAUCGAAAUUGACUUGAAAGCGAUGCAUGCCAUUUCUGCUAUUCAAACGCAGGGUCGCUUCGGCAAUGGACAAGGUCAGGAGUACGUUGAACACUUUAAAAUCGAAUACUGGCGGCCCGGAAUGGAACGCUGGGUCCGCUAUCGAAAUCAAACGGGCCUUGAAAUUUUCGCAGGCAAUACCAACACCUACAUGGUGACAUCGAAUGAUUUAAACCCAGUUAUACUCGCAACCAAGAUCAGGAUCGUCCCACAUUCUAUACAUCGUAGAACAGUCUGCCUUCGUCUGGAGCUAUCCGGCUGUCAAUUUGAAGCAGGAGUUGUUAGCUAUUCAGCUCCUCAAGGCGAUGUUUUCCGUAGCGUUGACCUGAUCGAUGAAAGUUAUGACGGAAUAAUAGAAAAUGGAUUUCUCAAGGGUGGACUAGGCCAGCUCACUGACGGACGCGUUGGAAGUCACGGCGUCGAUGAUUUUGGUUACGAAUGGGUCGGCUGGCAGAAUAAAACGAACGCGCCUCGUCUCAGCCCCUUAGAACUGACUUUCGAAUUCCAGGGGGUCCGUAACUUCUCGCGAAUCGAUGUCUUUGCUAACAACGACUACCACAAAAACAUCCAGGUGUUUUCGGAGUUGCGAGUUCUUUUCAGCAUUGGUGGUCGCCAGUUUCCUUCCAGUAGCUGCGUCAUUUAUUCCUACAUGCCCGACCGUUUCCUGGCCGAUGCCCGCAACGUAUCGAUCCAUCUGGGCUUUAAAAUGGCGCGCUAUCUUAAACUGCAGUUUACUUUCGCCGCGGAGUGGCUUGUCAUCUCGGAGUUAUACUUUACGUCUGAACAAAUCGAUGGAAACUUUAGUGAUGACGUUCGAGUCAGGGGACGCCAAACGGACGAGGGAUUCUUACAGCGGGACGCAGUAGCUCACAUCAAAACGUCAGAAAUCGAAGACAAUGUUUUGGCCGAAAGCGACACUCAUACGGGAAUCAUUAUCGGAGUCAUGACUUCAAUCAUCGUUGCAUUGGCACUCGCACUCGCCAUCAUCAUUUCUAGAAGUGUACACAACGUCAGACAAACCGUUGGUCGAUCAGUUCUAUCUCCACCGUUUGGAAGAACAAACCCGCAGAAUUUGGGUUUGGUUGCAGAACACAACAAAUUAGAGACACAUUUUGGAACGCUCAAUUAUUCCAAUCACGAGCCGGCGAUCUACUCCCCCAUUGGUCAGCUCAACGCAACGGAUUCAGGUAGAAACGGUUCCUCUACGGAAAAUUCUUCAACAGUUUACAACGAGCCAUUCUCGGACGACUCGUGCUCUGUUUGUUCAACCCGGAAACCGGAAACGAUGUCAGAGCCGCCAGUCAGGAAAAUCGUUCCAGCCCAACCGGAUUACGAUAUUCCGAUCCAUUCAGGUCAAACUGAGCGUAACACGAUCACGUCGCCGUCAGUGAACGUCUCCUUCAUGUCCCGGCUCUACACGCAUAUGAAUUGCAUCUCGAAUUCUGCCAACGAAAUGCCGCCAUUCUUUUCGUCAGACAUGGGCGGAUUCUACGCUACGGCAGACUUGUUGCAGCAGCAAAGUGAACAAUCAUUAGCACGUUGCACGUACAAACGAUUGGCUGAAAUUCCUUCAACGACGUUAAAUCGCCUGGAACAUUUAUCGAGCGGGCAAUUCGGCGCUGAGGUAUAUUUGUGUCAACUGACUGAUGACUCAACGACAGCAAGCGUAGUCACUCGUCACUUCCCGUCUUAUUGGACAAAGGCCGACGUGGAUAAGGAAUGUCAAGCGCUAGGCGGACUGCGGCACGACAAACUGUUACCGCUUCUCGGCAUAGUGUCGUUACAGCAUGCCGAAGACGGGGUUUCUUUAGUGUUUGCCUACGGAGGUGUUGGGGAUAUGUACCAGUUUCUGCAAGAUCAUGUCGCAGAAACGUCGUCCCUCAGUGAAAGGAGCCUUAGCUACGGGUGCCUUAUCUACAUGGCGAAGCAAAUUGCGGCCGCGAUGGAGUAUUUGGAAAUUCGGGAAAUCCCUCAUCGAGACUUGGCCGCCAGAAAUUGUCUUGUGGAAGCCAAUUACGGAGUAAAAAUAGCGUCUUUCGGCAUUCAUAGCAAACGAUAUCCAGCCGAUUACUUUGCGAUGGACGACGGUCGAUGCGUUCCUCUUAGAUGGAUGGCGUGGGAAAGUGUUGCCCUGCGAAAAUAUAGCUCAGCUAGCGACGUCUGGUCUUUUGCGGUUCUCUUGUGGGAGAUACUGACAUUCGCUCGGGAUCCGCCCAUAGAGGCUCUAACGGACAAGGAAGUGCUUAAUUUGCUAUUGCAUUACCAACAGCAUGAAACGGGAUUCAACGAGAUGCUGCUGGCCAGCCCGAUCCUUUGUCCCAAGGAGAUUUACGACUUGAUGUGUGAAUGUUGGAAGUGUAACUCUAACGACCGGCCAACGUUCAAGGAGAUCCACAUGUUUCUGAUGCGUAAAAAUUUAGGAUACCAUCCCAGCGACAGAUAACCAAGCCAAAAGUGACAUUCGCCAAAAGCACGAAGCUGAAGCAGUCGGUGCAUCGGCAGUCUCUCAAAUUACAAAGGGAAGGCUAAGUCAACGACCAUCACAUUAUCUGAUUUUGAAAACUAUGUGUCUUCAAUAGUAUUACGUGAAAAGUGAUUGUGCUUCUCUCAAAAUUUAACUGCAAACUGUGCAGUACAAAGUAGGCUACAUUAUGCGAUUGUCUUAAGGUAGGGUAUAGGACUACAGUGAGGCCUUGUUCUCAUUGAUCCUAUGUCUCAUCAGUAGUUUUUUUUUUUUUUUUUUUUCAAGUUGUCAUUGAAAAGUUCUUGGCACAGUAUGGAUUUUCCCUUAGUUAUUUUUUUGGGAGAUCGUAUUCUACCCAGUGUUGGAGGACUAAAGAAAAAAAAAGUCCGUUGCUGUCCUCUAGCUAAUUUGGGGAAUUGGCAAAAAGGCUCGAAACUUCUUAGCGUGGACUGCAUUUUUGUCACUAAAAAAAAACGAACGUUAUUAGCUAAAGUGACAAGUUACUCCAAGUGCCAGUAAAAGAAUGAUAAUAACCAAAAGAAAAAAGAAAAAGAACUCAAAUGACACUCGAACUACCAGCUAACAGAAGUCCGCAGAUGUUUGUGGUAUAGGGGCUAUCUACAGGCACAUAGUUGAAUUAACUUCGCAAAUAUGUGCGGAGUUCAUAUUUCCUAAGCUUUGAAAGCCGAGGUGCAAUAGGAUUUCAAGAAUCCACCCAAAACGUGUUGUUUACAUCCGUACCCUAUACAAACACCACUCUAAUCAUGUUUUAGCGGUUUUUUAUGCAGUUGGCGUAACACCCACGAAAACUGUCCACAAUUGUUUAGUUUUAAGUUUUUGAACUGAUGUAUGAUGCUCCGCUUUUGCACCACGAGUAGCUAAAACCUGUUCACCUGGUAGCUAUUUCUAAAUCAUUCUGAAGCCUUUAUUCUAAAGAGCAUAUUGUACGCGUCAGACUAUAUCAUUGUCUCACCUUGGCACAAGGUAAAGCAGAUUAUUUAUGCGAAGGGUUUUAUUUUCCUCUGUUUUCUUAUAAAUUCCUAAGCGAAUAGUGAAUUUUCAGAACAGUUAUUAUUGUCGUACUGUAAACAUUCACGAUCCCACAAACAAUACAUUAAGCCUUCCAGAGUGUA